AUGAGGCAGGUGGUCGUGCAUUGCGACGCGCCAUUUCUUCCUGAAGAAAUUAUCAGAAACAUUCUCAAACGACUCCCUUUGAAAUCCCUAAUACGAUUCCAAUGUGUGUGCAAAUGUUGGAAAAAUCUCUUCAAAACCUCAUCUUUCAUCGCUGACCACCUCCACCACUCCUCUCUUCAAAACCCUUCUCUUCUUUUGAAACAGAACAGUAGCUAUGAGCCUUUGCACUUAUGUUUGAUCGAUUGCGAGAUGAAUGUCCUUAAAAUUCAGAACCCACCUUUGAUCGGCUCUUUGCUGCAUGUUAAGAUCAUCAGUUCCAGCUAUGGCUUGCUCUGUGUUGCAAUCGAUGAGUCUGCUAUACGUAUUCCUUCCCCUUUUUUGUGCAAAUCUCUUUUACUGUGGAAUCCUGCUAUUGGAGAGGUCAGACAGAUCCCUAGAACAAGUAGUGUUAAAUUUGGUGAGUGGGUUUAUGCCGAAGGAUUUGGGUUCAGUGCAAUUGUUAAUGAUUAUAAGAUAGUGAGAGCUUAUGCUAAGUAUGAUGGUGUGAUUAAUGGAGUUGAAGUGUAUUCAUUAAGCACAGGUUCAUGGAAGGAAAUAGAAUUUGGACCUUUAAAGGGUGUUAGCCUUUUUGGUGGCACUGUCACUGCCAAUGGAUCUAUCUUUUGGCAUGUUCUAAAGUCAGAUGUGGAAGAUGACAUCGAGAUGGUGGUUUCAUUUGAUAUUGCCACGGAAGUGUUUACAUUGAUACCAUGGCCUCCUUUAUCGGAUGGUUCAAGUUCUAAGUUGUCUGUGUAUGAGGACAAGCUGGCUGUGAUUUCUCUCUCUGGGAUUGGUGACUUUCCGAACUAUCUAUAUUCUUUGAUUGAUUUGUGGGUGCUAGAGGAAGUUAUAGAUUCAUCUACGGAGAGAUGGAGGUGGACUAAAAAAUAUACUUGCAAUUCCUGCCCAUCCAUGUUAGAUUAUCCUGUGACCAUUUGGAGGAAUGAAAUUGUCUGUGCUUACCUUGGAAAGCCUGUAUUUACAAAUGAGAGUGGAGGACGUGAAAUGGAGACUGAUGAAGAAAAUUUUGGUCUAUACUUGAUCAAUAUCAUUACCAAUGAAUGCAAGAUGUUGGCGGUCCCAGGACGCUACUGGGGCAAUGGUUUCAAUUAUGUGGAGAGUCUUGUACCAGUUGGCAACAUCCAGUUUGAAGCACCUUCAUCCUAA